AUGGUUUACACCAUGCAGAUGGCCGCUCUUGCCGGCGGGCUCUCGCACAUUGUCUAUUUCCAUCGAGGCGAACACCAUUUCUACGGGACCGCGUAUGCACAGGCUUUCAGUGCCCUGUUCACAGCUGCAGCCGCUGCCUUGCAUGCCGGUCGGGAGACCGCAUGGAUGGAGGCCCUGGCCACCGUCGCACAGCAUGCCGCAUCCUAUCUGGUCGGCCUCUUCAGCAGUCUGCUCGUGUACCGCCUCCUGUUGCACCCCCUGGGCCGAUUCCCUGGUCCGCUGCUCGCUCGGAUCUCCAGCCUGUGGCUGCCCUUCCAUAUGCAGAACAACAACCGCCAUCACAGGUUGGUCGAACUGCACAAGAAAUACGGUCCCUAUGUGCGCAUCGGAUCGUCCGACCUGUCCGUCAUCGAUCCCAAGGCCAUUGAUGCCAUCCAGGGUCAAUGCGCCAAGUCCACAUGGUAUGACCACUCACAACCAAGCAAGUCCCUGCAGGCAAUCAGGGAUGCGGCAGAGCAUCAACAGCGACGGCGUGUCUGGAGCACCGCAUUCGGGAGCCAACAGCUGCGGGGCUACGAGCAGCGCGUCCGCAAGUACCGCCAGAAACUUGUAGAUCGGUUGGCCAGCAAGGACGGCCACCCAGUGAACGUGACCAAAUGGUUCAAUCUGUACACUUUCGACGUGAUGGGGGAUCUGACCUUCGGUAAAGGGUUUGAGAGUCUGGAGCGGGGUGAGGAGCAUUGGGCCAUCCGACUGUUGAUCGACACGAUGGUGUUUGCCGGGUCCGGACUGCCCAUUUGGUCCUUUCGGCUGGUGGCAGCAAUCCCAGGGCUGAAAAGCGGAUUCUGGAAGUUCUUGGAAUACAGCGAGGCGAGACUAGUGGAGAGGAUGAAGAUUGAACCGGAUAUCCCCGACAUCAGUGCAUCGCUACUGGCACCGCUGAAGGGCCGAGCACCCACUGUAGAAGAACGACAGUGGCUGGGGGGAGAUUCCCGCUUGAUCAUCGUUGCAAGAAGCGAUACCACCGCGACCACCCUGGCGGGCAUUUUCUAUCAGCUCGCUAGGCACCCGGACGAAGUCCGCAAGCUCCGCGCCGAGCUCGCCCCGUAUGUGGAUGCAAACGAACCCGCGGGGGAGUUCCUGGACGCCAAGAUCAGUCACCUGGAGCAUUUGAAUGGGGUCAUCAACGAAGGGCUGCGUCUUUACCCGGGUAUUCCCUCGGCCCUCCCGCGGGAGACUCCGCCCGAGGGCAUCCAUGUGGAUGGAGUAUACAUCCCAGGCAACACCACAGUGAUUUGCCCGCUGUAUGUCAUGGGGCGGUCGGAACUGAGCUAUCAGAAGCCGCUAGAGUUUAUCCCUGAGCGGUGGUACCAACAGCCCGAGCUCGUCCGCGACAAGUCGGCAUUCGCGCCGUUCACGAUUGGUGCUUACAACUGCAUUGGCAAGCCCUUGGCGCUGAUGAAUCUGCGGACGACGGUGGCGCGAUUGGUGAUGAGCUUCGACGUGCAGUACGCGCCGGGGUUUGUGGCGGAGAGCUUUGACCAGCGGUCGCGGGAUAUGUUUGUGUUGUACUUAGGGGCCCUGGAGAUGAUCUUCCGGCCACGGGGAUGAAGGGGACGAUCGAGGGACGAAUUACGUCGGUUGUCAUUGGGAUGAACGAUCAAGCGUGUUUCACGGUCGACCCGUGUUUCAGGCUGCAAUCGCAAAGCGGAAGGAGGGCACAGACUAGAGAAUAGAUAGCGUCAGGGAUCCGAAAAUUCCCACCUCUCAGCCAUAAGUAAGCACUAGGCUGUGAAC